CUGCAAAGCAACAAACCUGCUCGAGCUCAGCGACCCUGACAGUGACUUAUCAUCUGUAAAUAAUCAUGUCCAAGGCAUCACAACCAGAACUUAAGAAGUUUAUGGACAAGAAGUUGUUCGUCCAUCUGCAGGGUGGCCGCAAAGUCAGCGGUGUUCUGCGUGGCUACGACCUCUUUCUGAACCUCGUCAUCGACGAUGCUCUGGAAGAGUCGACCCCGGCUCAGAAACAUCCCAUUGGAACUGUGGUUAUUCGUGGUAACAGCGUGACAUCGAUGGAAAUUCUUGAAGCUAUCCGUCAAUAGUAACACCCCUUUGUCGCCAAUGCAUCGUAGAUUGUGCACGAGAAAAUCGACCGUGCAGCAACACGGAGUGAAUAGUGUAAUUAUGUCCGUGGUUGGUUGAGAUACAGCAAUUUAUAACGCGAGGAUUGCACAUGUACAAUGUGGAUCAUGCCUGAAGAGCGCAGGAUGGUCAAAGCGCGCAUAAUACUGAUAUCAGCAUGUACAACUACUGAGAUCUCGAGAAGUGAUGCACUUAUACUAGCUUAGAUCUGUGAGGAAACUUGUAAUUCCUAGAAAGGAAGUUAGCACAUUUUUCGUCGGAGUCAGUUCAAGCGAAUUUGCGCACUGCUAGCAUUUGCAAGAGGC